AUAUGAAGCAGCUUGCACACAAGCCAUCAGACAGACGUGGCAUAAGAAACCGCCGGUGUGAUCCGAUCAAAGCUGUGGAUUAUUUAUUAAUUAUCGUUUAUUUCUUUCGAUCGUGAUCAUGGCCUCUGGUGUGGGCAAAUGGGAGGUGGUGAAGAAAGGGAAGAAGCCGAAUAACAGCAGCGUUUCCGGUGCAAAAACUCAACAACAGGAGAAGAAAUCAAGCAGGAAAGCGUUGAGGGAGGCCAACAUGAGCCAAACUGACACGAACCGCGUGAUGUCUGAGACCAUCUAUGACGGCUUUGAGAAGAUGGUAAAGAAGCAGAAUAAAGAGCAGGUUCCUCCUCCAGUGGAACCCCAACAGAAGAAACCAAACACGGGGAAACAGACCAAGAAACCCCCCACCAAUGGCAGCACCAAACCCACCAACUACAAAACCCUGGAGGAGGCCGUCAAAGCCUUGAAUGUGGUGGAGUUGAAGCAGCAGUUGGAGAAAAGUCAAACUUUAUUUCCUGAGAAUCCGUCUGUGUGGGUGAAAGAUCUCGCCGGAUACCUGAACUACAAACUGCCAGCGCCGGACACAGACCCCACGCUCAGCAGCUACACCCACGAUUACCCAUACUGCCUCGCUGGGAAGGAGUUGAGGGGCGUUAUCAAGAACCUGCUGAGCAAAUGUUCAGACACGCUGCCAGAGUUCUUUGACCACUGUCUGAUCACCAUGCUCCGGGAACAGGACCGACAGCCAUGGGAAUCACUGCAUGGCUACAGGAUGUGCAUUCAAGCUGUCAUGCAGGACAAAUCCAAAAUAGCCACGCUGAACCUCGCAGACCACCUGGAGCUGCUGCGGUCUCAUCAGAACCGGCCGGUGAAGUGUCUGAGCAUCAUGUGGGCGCUGGGACAGGCGGGAUUCUACGACCUCAGUCAGGGCAUCAGAGUUUGGUUGGGGAUAAUGCUUCCUGUUCUCGGGAUCAAAUCUCUCUCUGCGUACGCCAUCGCAUACCUGGAACGACUCCUCACUCUACAUGCCAACCUGACCAAAGGGUUUGGCAUUAUGGGGCCAAAAGAAUUCUUCCCGCUGCUGGACUUUGCUUACAUGCCCAAAAAUGCCCUGUUGCCAAGUCUACAGGAGCAGCUGUGUCGGCUAUACCCGCGACUGAAGGUGCUGGCAUUCGGAGCGAAACCCGAGUGCACUCUUCACACAUAUUUCCCCUCUUUCCUGUCACGAGCCACGCCCAACUGUCCCAACGCCAUGAAGAAAGAGCUGCUCAGCAGUCUGAUGGAGUGUCUGUCUGUAGACAGCCAGAGUCUGAGUGUGUGGAGGCAGUUAUACACCAAACACCUGCCCCAGUCCAGUCUUCUGUUAAAUCACUUGCUCAAGUCGUGGAACACACUGUCACCAAAGUUACGGAAGAACCUUCAGGACACCAUCCAGUCCUUCAGAGUGACCAAUGAAGAGCUGCAGACCACCACAAACACACAGGAAAUACACAAGUGCAACACACUCUGCCAUUCUCUGCAGUUAAAGAUGCGUGGUCAGGGUUUCCCAUGGCGGCGUGUGCUGAUGAUGACGUUAGUGUUUGUGGCAGGGUUCAUCGCACAUGACAUCAGGUCACAGGGGUCAUUCGCAGACUCCACGACAGCACUCUACCUGGAGAGGUCAUGGGUCAUGGCAGUAUCCCAGCAGGCCUGGAGCAAAGUGUCACACUACAGCCAACAGGGCAUCAGCUGGUUGGCGGAGAACGCACCAUAUUAUUAUUCUCGUGUGGUGGAGGUGCUGGGUCCGUUGCUGGAGGAUGGGCAAGAGAAGAUGAAUUUGGCAGCAGUCUUCAUCGCACGGAAGAGCUCAGAACUUUUACUGUGGCUACAAGAGAAUGUGCCACUGCUCAAAGAAUGGAUCAAUGCGAAUACUCCAGAGAGUGUGUUUCAGUGUUUAGAAUAUGUGAAGGAGUUUCUGCUGUACAUUCAUGAGCAGUUCAUCAUACCAUCGCUGCGGUAUCUGAACACGGCGCUACAACACACCUGGCAGAAUCUACAGGACUCCUGCAAUGGUGAAGUGUCGCUCUACUGUUUACAAAACCACCUGAAGUCCUUCACAAACGUCACCUGGAGUUACCUGCAGGACGCCACAUCUGCCAUCAAGAGCCGAGCACAAGAGCUGCUGUCACGAGCGUGAUACACACACACACACACACACACACACACACAUUCAGACAUACUUUUCAAACGGACAUUUUUCCACCGGUUUUUUGCUAUUUUUAUUUAUUUUUUAUUCUUUGUCAAUUUGCAUGAGAUUUUAUAUCUGUUGUAUGGACAGCUCUGUCUUUUAUGCAGAUGAAUGUGUUUUCAUUAUUUUACAUAAAGGUUGCCAAACCAGAGUGAAUCGAGAAGAGACACGCUGUUUAUGAUUUAGGUUUCAAUAGUCUAAUAAACUAGUGAUUGGACUCAAAUGACACGUCCGUGUCACAUGACUACUGCUGCUGGCUGAGCUCUUUACUUGAACACUGAAUAUGAAUGUGACGGCCCUCUGUAUGAUAGUCAAUGGAUGAUUUUGUAGAGCAACUCUGAGUUCAGUUACAAACUUUACAAACUUUUUAACAAUUGAACGGCCUCCAGUCGCAUUCAAAACCGACCAGAAUCUUCUGCUUUUAGACUAUUCUGUGUUCGAAUUGGCUAAAAGCAUUCAGGUUUUGCUAGAGAGGUUCAGUUGUGGUUUCAGAACUGGUUCCGGAGUUGUUAAGGAGACCACAAUAUUUAAAUACAAUGUAUCAUUUCAAACAAGUGUGUGUCCUGUAAUGAGCUGAUUUGUUACUUUGUAAAUGAUUUAUAAAUAAAUAAACUAAUGCUGUUCAGUUCAAAUCA